CGCAUCUCCUCCUGCUGCUGCUGCCGCCGCCGUUCCCAAUGAAGUGUGAUUGAGCCAAAGAGUCUACUGUAAACGGAAGCAAGUCUCUCGUGGAGGAAAGAGACAAGAAGGAAAGCAGCGCAGCCGAGCAACGUGGGUUUGCCUUGCCAGUCAACAAGUGCUCCUUUUGGAAAGGGAGGCCGUCGAAGUGGAGCACCGCCGUCCUCCUCCCCCUCCUCACUCCAAGGACGCUAAAGUGGGGACUUCCGUCCGGGUGGUUCUCGACUCCAGAGAAACUUCCACCAUUACCUCCAAAAGCGAAGACGACUUCUUAACCCUGGCCGCCUCCAGGCUGAGCCGCAAGAAAAGGGUCAUCGGGGCCGCCAUCGGGGUGGCCAUGGUGCUGGUCCUCCUGGUGGCCAUCCCUUUGCUGGUCCACAGUUCCAAGACCACCUCGCACUACGAGAUGUUGGGCAGCUGCCGCAUGGUCUGCGACCCCUACACGCCCCAAACCCAUGGGGCGGCCUCGGCGGAGGCAAGCCAGGAGUUGGCCGUCAUCUCGCCACCUCCGCACGUGUCCGGAGGGAAAGGAGACCCGGGGAGGAAGGGCAAGUUGGGGAUCCGGGGGCCACCGGGCCCUCCGGGGCCACCUGGGCCCAGAGGUCCAGCCGGGGAGCCAGGGAGGCCUGGCCCUCCAGGCCCACCUGGCCCAGGGCCUGGGGGAUAUAUCCCAUCUUUCUACAGCCCUAAGAUUGCCUUUUAUGCAGGACUGCGGAAGCCGCACGAAGGGUACGAGAUCCUGCGUUUCGAUGACGUGGUGACCAAUGUGGGGAACUACUACGAGCCGUCAAGUGGCAAGUUCACCUGCCCUCUGCCUGGCAUCUAUUUCUUCACCUACCAUGUGCUGAUGCGGGGUGGGGACGGCACCAGCAUGUGGGCAGACCUGAUGAAGAACGGGCAGGUCCGGGCCAGUGCCAUAGCUCAGGAUGCUGACCAGAACUAUGAUUACGCCAGCAACAGCGUGAUUCUACACCUGGAUGUGGGCGACGAAGUUUUCAUCAAGCUGGACGGAGGGAAGGUGCACGGGGGAAACACCAACAAGUACAGCACCUUCUCUGGCUUCAUCAUCUACCCAGACUGAGCCCCGCCGGCUCCUGUUUCCCCUCCUCCUUUUUUUUGCCUACCCAAACCCUUUCCCCACUCUGGGUCAGCUUUUAUUCCCCCUUGGCUUUACCAACUCCCUGGACCCAGAAGGUCCUUCCAGCAAGGUCCGGCCAAUAAGGACUGAAACGGAAACUUUGGGGGAGGAGGCCCUUCUCCCGUGGGU